CCUCAGCCCUACACUACUUCACUCUCUGCUACUCUCUCUCUCUAGUCUCUCUCAUUUCUCUGCAGAAUUCUUCCUUCUUGGAUGAGAAAUGAUGCGAUCUAGGUUCAUGAAUAAGCUUGAUUAAGGUUGCUCUCUAUACUGAAACUGUUGUUCUUCAAAUUCCAGAGACUUUUAUGGUAGAUGAUAUAGUUCGGAUCUCGAAGAAGAGAUGGAGAAAGGAGGAGGCCAAGUCUGUGUUUUGCUUCUAUUCUCUUUAGUUUUCAGCUUUAACGUAGUAAUUUCUGGAAAGGAACUCGAACUUCUCUUAUCAUUCAAAGCUUCCAUAAGCGAUCCUUUUCGUUUCCUCACUGACUGGACUUCCAAUUCCAAUUCCAGCGUCGCUUUCUGCGAAUGGUACGGUAUCACGUGCGUUAAUUCCUCACAUGUUAUUGCUAUUGAACUCGCCGGAAAGAAUAUCUCCGGCGAACUCUCUCCAUCCAUUUUCCUUCUUCCGUCAAUAGAAAGCAUUGAUCUCUCAAACAAUGAAUUCUCCGGAAAAAUUCCAUCAGAAACCUUUUCUUGUUCCUCGCUUCGACACCUGAAUCUCAGUAACAACAACUUCACUGGUCCGAUUCCUCAUGGUUCGAUCUCCAAACUUGAGACGUUAGAUCUAUCGAACAACAUGCUCUCCGGCGAAAUCCCGGCGGAAAUCAGACUAUUUACUGGUCUUAGAUUUCUUGAUCUCGGUGGAAAUGUCUUGGAAGGAAGAAUUCCUAAUUUCAUAUCGAACCUCACAGUGUUGCAGUAUCUGACGUUAUCUUCGAACCAGUUGACUGGGGAAAUUCCACGGGAAUUAGGGCAAAUGAAGAGUCUGAAGUGGAUUUACUUGGGAUAUAAUAACCUUUCAGGUGAAAUACCAACUGAAAUCGGUGAACUGACUUCUCUGAAUCAUCUUAAUCUGGUCUACAACAAUCUCGUAGGGGAAAUUCCUUCGUCACUUGGAAACCUUACUGAUCUUCAGUACCUGUUCCUUUAUCAGAAUAGCCUUACUGGUUCGAUUCCUCAAUCAAUCUUUGAUUUGAGAAAGCUGAUUGCGCUUGACCUAAGCGACAAUCAUCUCUCUGGAAUGAUCCCUGAACUUGUAAAGCAACUCCAAAACUUGGAAAUCCUCCAUCUCUUCAACAACAAUUUUACGGGGAAGAUUCCAGAAGCUCUGGUUUCACUGCCUCGACUCCAAAUUCUGCAGCUCUGGUCGAACAAACUAUCCGGCGAGAUUCCGAAGAACCUCGGAAAAUGGAACAAUCUUACUGUACUGGACCUUUCGACGAAUAAACUCACAGGCGAAAUUCCAGAGAGUCUAUGCAAUUCGGGUCGUCUCUUUAAGCUUAUCCUCUUCUCCAACUUCCUCCAAGGCAGAAUCCCUGAGAGCUUAAGCCGAUGCCGAAGCUUACAGAGAGUUCGUAUCCAGAACAAUCUCCUGUUCGGUGAAUUGUCGCAGGAGUUCACGAAAUUGCCACUUGUCUACUAUCUUGAUAUCUCCGGAAACAGCCUCUACGGUAGGAUCGAUCAGCGGAAGUGGGACAUGCCCUCUCUUCAGAUGCUGAAUUUGGCAAGGAACAAAUUCGUCGGAAACUUGCCGGAAUCAUUCGGCAGCGACAACCUCGAGAGCUUAGACUUAUCGGAAAACUGCUUUUCAGGUAGUAUUCCGCUGAGAUUCGGCGACCUAUCGGAGCUAGUGGAGUUGAAGCUCAGCACCAACCAACUUAACGGUAUUAUCCCUGAUGAAUUAUCUUCAUGCAAUAAGCUGGUAAGUUUAGACCUCAGUGGAAAUCAGCUCAGUGGACCAAUUCCGGUUUCUCUCUCUGAAAUGCCGGUUCUGAGUGAGCUCGACUUGUCGGAAAACCAGUUAUCCGGGGAAAUACCGGCGACUCUAGGGAAGGUGGAAUCUCUGCUCCAAGUGAACAUCUCUCAUAAUAAUUUACACGGGAAGCUUCCAUCCACCGAAGCAUUCUUGGCUAUCAACUCGAGUGCUGUCGCCGGCAAUGAUCUCUGCGGUGGCGAAGCUACAAGUGGCUUACCACCAUGCAGAACGGCCAGAAAUCCUGUUUGGUGGGUUCUAAUCACUUCUUUUUCAGUUGUUAUACUGGUGCUGGCACUUUCGCUUUCUGUCGUGGCAUUCAUGCGACGUAGAAAUGGAGAACAGGUCAAAAAGGUUGACCAUGAGGAUGGGACCUGGGAGUUGCAGUUCUUCAAUUCAAGUCUCUCAAACGCUGUCACGAUCGAUGAUAUCUUACUAUCUAGGAAGGAAGAGAAUGCAGUGUCCAGUGGAAGUGAAGGAACUUCAUUCAAAGGGAAAUCCGCCGUCCAUGAUUUACAAUUCAUUGUUAUGGAAAUAAUUGAUAACUCCAUUCCCUCAAAUUUCUGGGUUGAAGUGACGGAACUGGGAAAGCUUCGACAUCCGAAUGUGGUACAAUUAAUAGGGAUCUGCAGGUCGGAGAAGGGUGGGUUUCUCUUGUACGAGUUUGUGGAAGGGAAGAGCUUGAGAGAUGUUCUCGGUAGUUUAAGCUGGGAACGUCGCCAGAAAAUGAUGAUUCGGAUCGCAAAGGCUCUUCAGUUUGUUCAUUGUUGUUGGCCUAGUUUUCUGAUCGGAAAUCUUUCGCCGGAGAAAGUAGUCGUUGACGGAAAAGACGAGCCUCGUCUACGACCCUGUCUUCCCGGGUUCCUCAGUGGUAGCGACUGCAAGAGUGUCCUCUCUUCAGGCUACGUUGCACCAGAGAUGAGGGAGAAAAAGGAUAUCACGGAGAAGAGUGACAUAUACAGUUUUGGGAUCCUUUUAAUCGAAAUGCUGACCGGUAGAAACCCGGUGGACACAGAACAAGGUGUGCAAGAUGGGAUAGUGGAGUGGGCCCGCUUUUGCUACUCUGAUUGUCACCUCAACACGUGGAUUGAUCCCGCCAUCAAGGGAGACGAAUCCAAACAUCAGAAUGAGAUGGUUGAGACUAUGAAUCUAGCCUUGCAAUGCACCGCGACAAAUCCAGCAGCCAGACCAUUCGCUAGUGAUGCAUUGAAGAUCCUAGAGUGUGCAACAAGGUCAAGUUCUUGCAUUUCAGGUCUGAAGUUGUAAGCUAUUAUGUAAAUUCUGUGAAGGAGAGAGUUUUCUAUUCGGGAGCGUGGUCCCUACGUCGAUGCAACGGUCGAUGUGUAUUAGAAAGCAUCAAAGGGGAAGUUAGAUUCCCACAUUUCAUCGGGUGUGGGGCGAUCAUUUCACCACCUCGUGAAUCUGACUGCAGGUGCCACAGUCCCAAAUAGAGUCCUUUUUCCCAUUAUGUAAUUUUAAGUUUUUAGGUUUUUUUUUUUUUAUUUCUCCUAUUGGUUUUCUUUUUUAAUUUAUUUUUCUUUAACCCUCAUAAAAUAUAAGGUCUUUCUUCUUACUUCU